UGGCCGCGUGGCCCGCCUCGCUCGGCUGCUCAUUGGCUGGCAGCUCGGAGUUAGUUGCCGCGGUGCCCGAGCAGCAGAGGGCUGGCUCGGUGCUCGGUUUGCAGGGUAGCGGGAGCGGUGCAUGGAAGCGAGCGCGCGGGGCUUCAGAUCCUUCCCAGAGGGCUGCGGUUCUUCGGGCCUGCCUUAAGUUCCGCGCCUGCCGGGGAGACCAUGGCCGCCGUCGGCUUCAAGGCUGCGGGCAGCGGCUUGUGGAAGGGCAAUGGGGCUGGCUUGCAGCUGGCCGCCGCCGUCUUCUGCCAGAGCUGCAGCUCCGCCGCCAGCAGCGGCCCUGGCGAGGGCAGGCGGGCGGGCUGGGGCCAGCAAAGGGCUCAGCACCAGUCUGCGGGGCAAUUCCCACCCCCAGUAGCCCCCGGCAGAGCCCGGAGAGCCGCGGAGCCCAGUCCGGCCGCAGCCGGCCCCCUGAGCAGCCAGCCCAGCCCUACCGAGGGCGCCGACACUAAGUCCUACCUAUGGGCCAGAUACCACGAGAUGAAAAAACUGGUGUAUGAUCUUCUUCCACCAGGAGUCUGCAAUCUCCUUAACCCUGCAGCUAUCUACGCAAAUAAUGAGAUCAGCUUGAGAGAUGUUGAGAUCUAUGGCUUUGAUUAUGAUUAUACAUUAGCACAGUACUCUAGUUUAUUGCACUCUAUGAUAUUCAACACUGCCAGAGACAUACUAAUUGAACAGUACAAGUAUCCAGAAGGACUCAAGAAAUAUGAUUACCUUCCAGGAUUUGCCAUCAGAGGGCUUCACUACGAUGUGCAGAAGAGUCUUCUGAUGAAGAUUGAUGCUUUCCAUUAUGUCCAGUUGGGGACUGCAUAUAGAGGGCUAAAGCCAGUGGCUGAUGAAGAGGUUAUCGAAUUGUAUGGUGGUACCCAGCACAUCCCACUGUACCAGAUGAGUGACUUCUAUGGCAAGGGUCCUUCAAUUAAACAAUUCAUGGACAUCUUCUCCCUUCCUGAAAUGACCCUGCUCUCCUCUGUCAUUGACUAUUUCAUAAAUCAUGGCAUUGAGUUUGACCAGGUUCAUCUUUACAAGGACAUAUCUGAUGCCAUUAAAGAUGUGCAUGUGAAAGGAAUGAUGUACAAAUGGAUUGAGAAGGACAUGGAGGAAUAUAUCCUACAUGGUGAUGAAACUUAUGCUGUCCUAAACCGACUGGUUAACCUCAACAAGAAACUUUUCCUUAUUACAAACAGCCCCUUCAGCUUUGUGUGAGUAUCGAAUAAACAUAUGGUUGGCAAGAAUCGGCGGACUCUUUGACAUGGUCAUUGUGAAGCUGAUAAACCCACCUUUUUUUCAACUGAUAGAACGAACGCCAAACCUUUUAGAAAAUUGGAUGACAAAGGCUCACUCCAAUGGGACAAAAUAGACAAACUAGAAAAGGGAAAGAUCUACAAACAGGGAAAUUUGUUUGAUUUUCUAAGGCUAACAGGUUGGCGUGGGUCCAAAGUACUUUAUUUCGGUGACCAUCUGUACAGCGAUCUUGCAGACUUGAUGCUGCGUCAUGGCUGGAGGACUGGAGCCAUUGUACCAGAACUGGAACCUGAAAUCCGGAUCAUUAAUACAGAGCAGUACAUGCACUCGCUGACUUGGCAACAGGCGCUCACAGGGCUGCUGGAGAGAAUGCAGAUGUAUCAAGAUGCAGAAUCAAAGCAGGUGCUGCUGGAAUGGAUGCAAGAGCGUCAGGAAAUUAGGUCUCUUACAAAGAACUUAUUCAAUCCUCAGUUCGGGAGCAUCUUCCGAACCUUCCACAACCCAACCUACUUCUCUCGGAGGCUGAUCCGGUUUUCUGAUAUCUACAUGGCAUCCAUCAGCUGCCUGCUGAACUAUGAUAUGAACUUCACCUUUUUCCCCCGGCGCACCCCUCUGCAGCACGAGGCACCCCUCUGGAUGGAUCAGCUCUGCACGGGUUGUAUGAAAACCCCCUUCCUGGAGGAGAUGGUGCACAUCCGAUGAAGGGAAAGUGUGUGAGCUGAAGUUUACAGUAAUGUAGUGCUAGAAUUGUUUGUACAAAGGGUCAGGCUGUUUGGCUGUAAAUUGCCUAUCACUAAGGAUGAUUUUAACGUGGGUGUGGGUUGUGUUUUGUCCCUGACCAUCACUGAACCUUGCCUUCCAGCACUUCCAAAUAUCUGCCUUGCUAACAAAUUGGUGCUUAAGUUAAAUGGAAGGGAGAUAUGAUUGACUAUUUUAACUUGCAAAGCAUUCUCAGAGUUGGUUAGGUAGAAGUAAAACAAUCACAGCAAGCUGCAUUUCAUGACCCCCUAAAUUUUUUUUAAAACUCCAUCUUCAGCCCCUGCCCAAAUUCUGGCCCAAAUCUUCUAAUAUGGGUAGCUGACAUUGGGUAACUGCUGUUAGGCACCUUAGCAAGAAGUGGCCUGAUUCUCUGAAGUGCUAAGCACCUCUCUUCUCUCUCAUAAAUUUAAAGGUUUAUUCGGCACCUCUGAAAGCUGAUUUUAGGCAACUUAACUUUUGAAUUUUUGGUCUCUGAAUAUAGAGGCUUUUUUUCUUCACUUGUUAUGGAAACAAUUCAAAAGCUAAGAUCUUGAUACACUUCUUAGAAGGUGCAUUUUUGCAGCCUUUGACAUUAAAAUCAUGUAUUUGCCAUGUCUUUGAGGAUUGUUUUUGAAAAGCAUGAAAGUUAAACUAUAAUGGAUUUAAAAUCUUUGUCCUAGUAUUAAAUAUAUUUAAGUCAACACUUUAAAAUUUAACAUUGAAAACUAUUGGCUUGAAAAAUCAAUCAAAACACUACCUUAAAUUUUACAGUAAACAGCUUAGAGCUCAUAUCUUAAGAUGAGCAAUGCCUCUGUAUUUGCACAAAUUGGGCCUUAUUCUGAAGUCAUGGGCUGGUGUGAAGUUACAUCACCUCCAAUGUAAAACUGAGAUUAGAAUAAGGCCUGUUUGUAUUCUUGACUCAUCAAGGCUGUUCCUACAGCUGUGGAAGAGAUUAUUCUGAUUCAGUAGCGGGGGCGGGGAGUAACAAAGGAUAAAUUGUGAUCAAGCAUGGAGAGGUAGGUGAAUCUUGUGUUAAAUAUAUUUUUCCAAAAAACGAAACCAAUGUUGUUGACAAUGGAUGGGGAUUACUUUAUGCCAAAUCUUUGGGUAGGAGACAGUGAUUUCUAGCUAUAGCUCUGCUUUGGCUUCUGUUUAGUACAAGUGUAGAAUGUCUGUGUAACUGAAGGAGUGGAGCCACACGCAUUAUAAAGGGCCAGAGAAGCAUAACUCCUGUGCUGCUGCUUUAUGACAGAGUACUUUGCACACACCAUACCACUGAAUCUCUUCUGCAUACUGCCAGGAAUCUUACUACUGCUCUUUCAAGUAGUUGGAAAUAUUAUGACAAGGAUGAAAGUAUUGAGAUCUGCUCCCAGAUGGGGAUGCUAUUAAUAAUAAUCUUCCCUCCACCCAUCUCAGGUCAAGCUAGCCCAUAAUUCAGCUUUGUCAGGUCUAUACAACCUAAAACCAUAUGGAAAUGUUACAUUGAAACCCAUGUUUUAAAACAUUCCCCUGUAAUGUUUACACCCCAAACAACAGUGCUAACCCAUGAGAACCUGCCUAAAGCUGAGAGAGAGAAAAUUCUUAAUCUUAAGAUAAAUGGCAGUGGUAGUACAACACUUGAAAUGAAAUCUAAACUCUGUGGUGAUAUCUAACAUGAAGGAUGCACUCAGUUUACAUCCUUGCAAUUGUCAAAGGAGUUUCGAAACACAGAAAGCAGUAACAUCUGACUGAAGUUUAUGUAGCCAUAAAACAAACGUUAGCGUAGACAUCCCUCUUCCCCAUUAAAUUUACAACACCCUCUUUUUCUGCCUGCCAAUAGAAAUUUUUGAGCUAUGCUUAAAAUCAAGGCAUGCUGUUUAUUUCCAUUUAGAGACACUCCAGCUUGGGGACUGAGUGGAAGAAGCAAUUAAGUAGCUAACUGCUUUUCUGUAUACCUUUUCUUCAGACUAUUAAGCUUUUUUCUGCAGCCCAGCAUCAUCUCUCACAAUUCUGGUGUACAGCCCCCAGAGGCAGUUUAGAAUUGCAAGGCUGUGGCUGGAGGCCCCAGCCUGGGCUCCUACUUGCCACCUCAUCUUUCUUUUUCUUUUUUCCCUUCUUUUAAGUGCCUUUCUCCUUCUCUGCUCUGGGACUGAGGGGGGUUGGGUUUGCAACCACAGGAGCCUCUGCUGCAUCACCUCCAGGCUCACACUUCUGCCUCUCUUUUGGAAGGGAAGCAGCACCCCUGAAAGCACCAUGUGAAGUAAAAAGAUGCUUUCCCAAGCUGACAGUGAGGGAAACAGGAGCAGGAGGACCUCAUCCAGUCAUCCUAGGGGAAGUCUGGAAUGCAAGGACAAGAGGUUUGUGGAGCUCAAGUGCCCCACCCUUCCCCCAUCUUGAAGUGGCUGCUGAAUGCUGUAGCCCUCUUCCCCAUUGCUGACCCUGGCAGAGCAGGACUCAGAAGGCAGUUUUUAGAGGGUUUCAGGUCUUGUGGAAGGUCACAGCAGCACACCUACAUCCGCAAGCCGUCAAACAAAAAAACAACCCAAAAGGAGCAAGAAAAACUAUCCCCUGCCUCACCUUCCUGUGCUGAAGGGGAGCUUUCUGACUCUUAAUCUGAGCAAGGCCAAGGGAGAGCCCAAGAAUGAUUGAUUUAUUUUUGGCAAGAAGUUUUGAGUCUGUUUAAAAAGGUGGUGGAUCCUCAAUACAGAUCCAACCUUGUUUUGGAGAGCAAGCCUCCCAGUAAAUGUAUCCCCUCAGGCUGAAAUUACCCUAUACGCUGCCUUGUGGAUGUGAGGGUAAUGGGACAGGUUCAAUCAACUGCUCUGUCCCUCAAAGGUGGAUACUCAUUCUAAAUGGGUCCUAGGCUCAGCUAGGUUUGCCUCCUCUUCAGGGAAAAGGCUGGACAAGAUAGUGGCAAAAAAUGGUGCAAAAUCCAAACGCUCCCUUCCAUCUCCACUAAGUGCUCUCAGGCAGACCCUCCUUAAAUGCUCUAAGGGAACAUCUUGGAAGGUAGGUUCAGGCAGAAAAUCCAGAGGUGGUUGAGCAGCCUCCAGAACAACUUUUUGACAAUGAACAGAUUUAUCUCCACCCAGACUUGAAGCUAGGAGCCAGAAUUCCCCAUUUGUUAGAGGACUGGUUGGUGUUAACCCACAGACACAGGGGCCAGGGAUAGGCCCACAAGCCAAGGGCUCCACCCCAUCUAUUCUUCAUUCAUCUUCCAGCUUGAGGAACAAUCAGGUCCAAAAGGAGCACUUUCAUCUUCUGAAUAUAGGUCUCUCAGAAGAGGGAAACAGUUUCACAGGGUUCUCUUAUCUUUCAAAAAUACACAGGGUCUGUGUGUCAGAGCUGUCUUUCCAUCGGAAAUGACAAGGACUCAGCAUUUCCAAGUCAUCCAUCACUAGAUGGAUUAGGCUAUGCCUUGCUGAGGCCUAUAAUGCAUUAGAGGUCCUGAGAAGAAUCCAGCCAGACUCUAUGAUGUGGCUGCCAGUCUUAUUGGCAGAACAAGCAAGUAAGUGCCUCCACCUCAGAAGUCUGUAGAGGAGAACCUUAAUUAUUGGGUAACACCUUUAUAGGCCAGUACAAUGUGGACUUGACUUGUCAUCUGCUGAGGCCUUGUUUUCCAGUAAGGUGGUGGCCCCAAAAUAGACAUGCUCAAAGGCAAUGUUGGCUGGUGGUAGUGGCAGGGAAAGUUUCCUCUUAUUCCUCUGCUCUCUACUUUCCAGACAUUGCAGAAUUCCAGGAGAUGCUGGGCUGCAGAAUGGAAAAUUUCUUAAUGUCCUUUCUGCUAGCAGCAGCUUCCACAAGUUUACCCUGCAGGCUCUCUGCCUAGUGCAGCAGGUUUCCUUUGAAGUUCUUUGUUACUAAUAUUUUUUUCUACAUAGCUUUGGAAUGAUUCAUGGGGCUGCAACUGUGAACUGCUGAGUGCAGGAAACUCAGACAUAGCAGGAUUGUGGGAAACUGUGGAAAGGAAAUUGAUGUUUGAAAUUUUCCAGUCAGUAUUAGCAUCUUGCACCACAAUUUAGCCCUAAAGAUUACUUUAUUCCCCUUUGUAGUAUGGUAGCACAGCCAAGUGCACUAUUUUCUUUACUGUGUGUAAGAUACAUUGUAAGAGAAGCACUUGUUUGCACCUAAGAGCUUGGUGUUCUGCAAACCACUAAACUUCCAGAAUACUGCAGUAGUGGUUGCAUUUCACCUUUUAAGUGACAGCACAAAACAAGUUUGCUCUUCAUUGCUUUAUUAUAGUGCAUGAAGCCCUCCAGGUUUUUCUGAAACAAAGCAGCCAUCUUGGAUCUUCACAUCCCUGGUUUGCUGAGGACUGGAAAAUAAGUAGGAUAAAAAGUGGGUCCUUUUGUGGCCUUCAGUUGAGAAGGGAGGCUUAGGCUGAAUGAGUUUCAGAGCUCUAGCUGAAGGUUAUGCAGAAUCCUUCAUUGGUUAUUUGGAGCUAACUGGGUGCUGGCUAUGGCUCCAGCAAUCAUCCAGGCAGCUCACUUACACUUAGAGUAAGGCUUUUCCCUCCCAUCAAAAUAUGGAUGGCUGGGACAGCUCAGUUUCAGAAAAACAUACUUAGGUAGGUAGAUUAAAAAUAAGCUCAGAGUAGCAGACACUGAAGAGGGCUCAAAGAAAUCAGGGCUGAGGCCCAAGCACAAGCCCUGUAGUGUCAGCUCAGAGGAAGCUGGAGUUGGUGGGGAACGCUAACUAACUUAUCAAGAGCUGUGAACUGACUGACUCUGCAGCAUAAUGAAAGUUGGCUUGUUUAUCAUGCUGGAGCCUUGUUUUUUAUGUACUGUAGCAAAAGGUCAAGCUGAGGUUGGAGCACUUUUAUAGUGAAUCUGUAGCAAAGUAUUGGUACAUGAGACUUGUGCAGCUAGGGGAAGUAUAAGAGGAACAAAAUAGCCGUGGCUAUAAUUAGAAGAAAUGGCAUCUUUCAUCUUGUGUGGAAAGAUAUAGAAAUAUGUAAUUUUACCAAUCAAGAGUUAUCUGGAUUGAGAACAUUAGCAUGGUACAGUGUUAGGUUAGGUGAACUUCAUUUUUAAAAGCUACACUUCAGAGUUGUGCCUAUACAGAAUUCUUUGUGCAUGUGUGGCUUUGAAGGGGAAGGCUUUGUGCCUAGUGGACAAACUGCCAGUGGCUUAUUGCUCUGUGCCAAGUUUAAAUCCUAUAGCAGCUAGGGGACAUGGGUGAAAUAAUCCAAUGCCAUAAUACAGUGUUAAUACAGCAGGUAGAAUGAAAUGUGCUAGAAUAUCUUUAGCAGUGAGUAGCAACUAACCAGUUAAGAACAUGAUACCUCAAGUACAUAAACAGGGUACCUGUCCUGGUGACUGGAUGUUUAAAAAACCACCACCUCAACAAGCCGUUUAACAUUGAAACUAUUCCACUUUUGUUUGAACACCAAAAUAAUGAGCAUUAAUGU